AGCAGGCACAAGUACAGCUCGAGUUAAUUACAUAUUUGCCAGUAAUCCUUGAACAAGAAUGUGUGUAUGUGAGUGACUUGUAGUUGUUCUGCUGCUGAAUAAAUCACAGUAAACUGGAGAGGACUGACAUGGCAGACAUCACUGUGAAGAGUGGAAGAGGAGGAAAAAGAGUCGUUGAGAUGGAUCACUCCUCCUCUCCCUCCUCCUCAUCUGCCUGGCAAGGCUUCAGGAGGAAAGUGAGGCUGCUGCUGCCCUAUGUUUGGCCCAAAGGCACUGCGGCACUGCAAGGACUCGUGCUGCUGUGUGUGGGCCUGCUGGCAACGGAGCGUCUGGUCAAUGUGCUUGUGCCGGUUUACUCCAAGAACAUUGUGAAUGAGCUCUCUGCAGGAGGCGGCUGGACUUCGUUGGUUUUCACCGUCUCCAUCUACACACUGCUCAAGUUCCUACAGGGAGGAGGGGCAGGUACCUCUGGUUUCAUCAGCAACCUCCGUCAGUUCCUGUGGAUCAGAGUUCAGCAGUUUACCAGCAGAGGCGUUCAGGUGUGUUUGUUUUCCCAGCUGCACGGCUUGUCUCUGCGCUGGCACCUGGAGAGACGCACCGGAGACGUGCUGAGGAGCGUCGACAGAGGCACCUCCUCCGUCAACAACCUGCUGAGCUACAUCCUGUUCAGUAUCCUUCCCACCAUCUGUGACAUCAUCAUCGCCAUCAUCUACUUCGUCUCCUACUUCAGUGUCUUUGGACUCAUCGUUUUCACCUGCAUGGUGCUCUACCUCACCUGUACUAUCCUGAUCACAGAGUGGAGGACAAAAUACAGAAGAGAGAUGAACGAUCAAGACAACAACUCCAAAUCCAGAGCUGUAGACUCCCUGCUAAACUUUGAGACGGUGAAGUAUUACUGCGCUGAGGAUUAUGAAAUCCGCUGCUUUGAGGAAGCCAUUUUGAAGUAUCAGCACUGUGAGUGGAAGAGCUCAGCCUCCCUGGCUCUGCUGAAUCAAACCCAGAACAUCAUCAUCGGAUCAGGACUGCUGGUUGGAUCUCUGCUCUGUGCCUACCUCGUCUCCGAAGGACAAUUCCAGAUUGGAGACUAUGUUCUCUUUGGCACCUACAUCAUCCAGCUGUACACGCCUCUGAACUGGUUUGGGACCUAUUACAGGCUCAUUCAGAGUUCAUUUGUUGACAUGGAGAACAUGCUGGCGCUGCUGACAGAGCAGGUAGAG